AUGGCAGACUUCGUCAAGGGUCUCUUCGGGGGGCAGAAGCCUAUGCCUGCCCCAGCUGCUGGUGAUGAUGACUUUGCCGACUAUGCCGGUGCUCCUGAUCCCAAGCCGGCAGCCAUCUCGCCUGUUACGACUCUCACCGGCGCAGCGCAGGCGGCUCCCACAUCCAUCGGCGCGAACCGACCGUAUACAGCAUGGUACCGCGUGUGGGAGCGCACAAGCAUAGAUGAUUUCCAGCUGGAGAUGUAUAUCCUGCCCUUCCUCUUCCUCCUUGUUGCUUUCCAUCUCUGGGGCACCAACCGCAACCGAAGCAAAGCGAAGACAUGGAUCAAGGCACACGCCCCUGUUCUGACGCAGGAAUUUGCCCAGGUCGGCUAUACGCGCCCGCAAUCUGAGCAGUCUGUUACGGAUGUCGAUAGCCUGCUCAAGGAGAAGGCUGCCGAUGAGUUCCAGACCUACGCGACCGGACGCCAGAACGUAGCUUUCGUGGAUUUCAGGCUUUCGUUCUCCAAGGGCUACAACCCCUUUAUGUGGCUGGGAGACCAUAUGCUUCCUCUCUUCUUUGAGAGUUUUCCUCCUCCUGUCGAGCGUAUUGGGGCCACGGCAUACGUAUUCGAUGGCCGUGAGACCAAGAUUGCUCCGUCAUACGGCCAGGGCGAUGCCAAGAAGGUUUCCAACAGCACUUUUGAUGGCUUUGUCUUUGCCGUCGUGCACAAGGAUAUGAUGAAGCGCAUGCGUGAGGACCGGUACGACUUGUCUCUGACUACAACCCGCGAUCACGCCAAGUUGCCAGUAUGGACCACUGUCAUGAGCGAGAGCGCCGAGGUUACGGAUAUGCUGCUCACCCCCGAGCUCAUCAAGGCCAUUGAGCAGGCUGGAGACAACUUUGAGGCUAUUAUCGUUACCGACCAGCCGAUUGAUGCGCCUAAGACCCUCGACGAAACCAAGCCUCGCAAGCGUAUUCACCUCUCACUCAAGUACUCAUCCGACUACACAAACACCAUGCCCCUGUUCCAGUACUUCCUCCGCCUCCCCGAUUUCUUGGCUACAUCUGCCCACUUCCGUCCCGAAGCGCUCCGCCGCAUCAAGCAGACGCGCGAUGAGCAAAUUGCAAAGAUCCGCAAGGCCGAGGAUGAGGAGAAGGCCGAGGAGCGCAAGAUCGCUCUGGACAAGCUGAAGAAGGAGCAGCGCGACGCUAAGCUGGGCCGCUUGAGCGCCGAGGAGCAGCGCAAGUUUUUGGAGAAGGAGCGCGAGAAGAAUGCCAGGAAGGGAAUGAAGAGGAGUACGGUCAAGGCUUAG